AUGUUUGGCACAGAAUUCGAAGACUAUUGUGACUUCAACGACAGCAUUUGCAGCAAUGAUUCUGGCAUCGAUAGAUCAUACGUGGAUCCCAUUACGACUCCCAGUUCUGCUUGCAGCACUCCGAUGAAACACAACACAUCUGAUGUAGGAGUUUAUUUAACACCUUCUAAGGAAACAAAUGUAAGAAGAAAACUAUUCAACGAUGAUCUAGGAUACCGCGUUCCCGAACACGUUGAAGAUAUUAAAGUAUUUGAACAAUUUCAACCUAUAAACAAUACAUCAACACCAGUAAAAUCGAGAGAAAGAAAACCGAAAGACCCAAACAAACCAAAAAGGAAGUACGCGAAUGGUAAAAAUAGAGUGACAAGAUGCAAAAGUCCAACACAAAUUCUACGGAUUAAAAGGAAUAGAAGAAUGAAGGCCAAUGACAGGGAGAGAAAUAGAAUGCACAUGUUAAAUGAAGCUUUAGACAGACUAAGAUGUGUGUUACCUACAUUUCCUGAAGAUACGAAGCUAACAAAAAUUGAAACACUUCGCUUUGCUCAUAACUACAUUUUCGCUUUAAGUCAAACGCUUGAGUCUCUUGAUAACAUCAGUUCAGGGCAAAUGCCACCUGGAGAAUACAAUGUAAGCUACGAAAAGUUACAAAGUUACACUUUAACUGGAGAAACAAGGAUUAACAAAGAUGCCUUCAAAGAUAUAUUUUCUCCCAGUAAAACUGAUGAUAAUAGUGGCGACGGUUAUAGAAAUUUUCAAGGAUUUAGCAAACCUUUUCCCAACGGAUCCAAUUUUUUACAAACAACUGAAGGUGUUCUGAUAAAUGUUGGAAAUGUUACAGUCUCUGUUAAUAACACCGGAGGUAAUUGUAUAACUUCGACUACCGGAAGUGGAUUCUUUACCCAUCCUUCAAGUUACGGAGAUGAUAUAUUCCAGCAAAAUUAUUACAGUCAACGAACCUAUUGUAGCAAUAACUACAGUGAAACAUAUGAGCCUGGAGUUCGAAGCGACUCAAAAGAAUAUUUCAACCAGAAAAAUUAUGAAAUAUUCAAAAGCGCUUUUGAAACAGCUAAAAAUAGCAAACAACCGAGCGAGUACACAGCUAAUUAUAGUAACUUUUCGAAUUAUAGUCCAAAUAACAACGACAAGUAUCGUUAUGAAAAUGAUGGAUAUUAUCACAGUAGUAAUUAUUACUACAACGACCAAAGAUGUGUGAGUAGAGAAUUUUAUAGAUGCCCCAGUAUUGUAAAUGCUCGAAUUUAA